AAUGACCCAUAUCCAACUGGAAAUUUGCAAGAGGUUCUACACAAUCUAUCAGGUGCUAACUAUUUUAGCGUUAUUGACUUGGCCCAAGGUUAUUUGCAGGUCCCACUGGCCAAGGAAGAUCGACCAAAGACAGCGUUUCGAUCACCUACUGGGUUUUGGGAAUGGACAAGAAUGCCAUAUGGUUUAAAAGGAAGUCCGGCAACUUUUUCUCGGUUGAUGCAGAAGGUUCUAGAACACAUUCCACCACAUCGGUUGGCAUUGUAUAUGGAUGAUAUCUGUAUUAUUAGCAAUACGUUUGAGGAACAUUUG